GGAUUGUGGGAGAAGAUGGCGGCCGCCGCUCGCCCCCGGGUCGUCCGGGCCCUGCCAAUGUCACGUCCUUCGAUCACUGCAGUAGCUACAUGUGUGUUUAGCAGCCCCCCUGGGCGCCGGCUCCAUCAUGCAGUCACACCUCAUGGGAAGGGUGGCCGUUCCUCAGUCAGUGGGAUCGUGGCCACUGUGUUUGGAGCCACAGGAUACCUGGGCCGCUAUGUCGUCAACCACCUCGGACGCAUGGGGUCACAGGUGGUUGUACCUUACCGGUGUGAGCCAUAUGAUACCAUGCACCUUCGUCCCAUGGGCGACCUGGGCCAGAUUCUCUUUCUGGAGUGGGACGGGAGAGACAAGGAUUCUAUCCGCAGAGCCGUGGAGCACAGCAACGUGGUCAUCAACCUUGUGGGGCGAGAAUGGGAAACCAGAAACUUUGAUUUUGAGGAUGUUUUUGUGAAGAUUCCCCAAGCAAUUGCUCAAGUGUCCAAGGAAGCUGGAGUUGAAAGACUGAUUCACGUGUCGCACCUGAAUGCUGAUAUCAAAAGCCCUUCGAGGUAUCUGAGGUCUAAGGUAAGUAGCAGGGAGGUCCGNNNNGCCUUUCCAGAAGCCACCAUCAUAAAGCCAUCGGACGCCUUUGGAAGAGAGGAUAGAUUCCUCAAUUAUUUUGCAAAUAUUCGCUGGUUUGGCGGCGUCCCUCUCAUCGCCCUGGGCAAGAAGACAGUGAAACAGCCCGUCUAUGUUGUGGACGUGGCCAAAGGGAUCAUUAACGCAAUUAAGGACCCGGAUGCCAGAGGGAAAUCUUUCGCCUUUGUCGGGCCCAGUCGGUACGUCCUUUUUGACUUGGUGCAGUACAUCUUCGCCGUGGCUCACAGACCCUUCCUCCCGUACCCUUUGCCACACUUUGCCUAUCGAUGGGUGGCACGGCUCUUUGAAACCAGUCCGUUUGAGCCCUGGACGACGAGGGACAAAGUGGAGCGGGUGCACACCACAGACAUGACGCUGCCUCACCUGCCCGGCUUGGAGGACCUGGGCAUUCAGGCCACACCCCUGGAACUCAAGGCCAUCGAGGUGCUGCGGCGUCACCGCACGUACCGCUGGCUGUCUUCUGAGAUCGAGGACGUGAAGCCGGCCAAGACCGUCAACGUUUAGUGGCCUCUGAGUCGCCCUUGGUUUUUGGUGUCAUUUGGGUCACCCGGCUAACAACCAGAGCAUCCUGUACAUAGCGAAUAAGAGGCCUCCGUUAAAACGCCUGACGUGAAAUUCCGUGGUGGCACUUUGUUUCCUAACUUAUCAAAUGAGAGAUUCGGCUAUUUAGGGUUUGAGCAUAAUUUUCUUAAAUACAUAUAUUUAACAGUGACAUAUAUAUCAUUUAUUCUCUGAAACGCUGGAGGAUUUGUAUUUCCUUCUGUGAGGCCACUUCCUGUGAAGGUUCUGGAAGACAAGAGCCCCUCUUUAACGUCAGAAUAUUGUGAAGACCCCAAGUGACGUGUGAUUGUCUUUACUGUGCGUUAAUUGAGAAAACACACA